UUCGAAAGCAAAUAGGAGCGGCGCAAAUCGUAUUCGGUAUAACAGAACCGAUGUCUAUUCGGUGUGUUUCUGUAUGGUCUCUGUUUUUUGGAUAGGUACGAAAAGAAGCAGCUGUCGGCCCUCCAUUUCUCGGUAAGCCAGUUGAUUUGUAAUCGGUUCUUUGAAAGUUAAGCUCCAACUUGUCAACGUAGAGUGUCGGUUCUCCAGUAUUUAUCUUUAUCGUGUAGAAGCACAGUCAGAAGUCACGUGAUUGUCUCUUUUCGGUAAGAUCACGUUUACGGUGCCUAGCAGCCAAUAUCUAGCAGCUGCACAAAGCAUAAAAGCCACGAAUCACGAUCAAAUUUAUGUACAACACAGUGAGGAGAAGCAAUUAGCUGUCGUGGAAGCGCGACCUGAGCCUAGUUGUAACACUGAUAACUCUCAGUAGAAAAAAAUCUAAAUCCUUUCACGGGAAAACCUAUCGAGUCUAUUUCGGCGACCUGUUUUCGUUUUCUCCUGGAGUAUCGGCAAACAGCGAAAACAUUUUCCGUCGAACAAAAGUUAACUUUUUUCAUUCGCUUUUCAACUUAUUGAGGUUGUAGUUGAUUCGCUUUUUUGAAAGUCUAAGCUACUGCAUUUUGUGAAAGUAUCGCAACUUGUCCUACUUCCUCUUCCUCGACGUCCCGAAAAGGAAGUCCACACAGCAAACGAAAAGCAGAACUCAAACCAAAAGUAAGCGUAAGUGGCAUCUUCACCUUCUCGCCCUCGUACACGACAUCCGGGCCCGGGGGUAGCAACACCUGUGAAGCUGUAGCACGGCGCUGGCACUAUCUCCUGUGUCCGACCCGCACCAUGAAAACCAGUUUUGUCGUUCUGCUGGCGCAGCCGGUAAGGGGACUGGAGUUCCUGAAGAGUAGCAGCUCGUCCCCGCUGGUGAGUGACAUCACGAGCCUCAUGGAGGUGAGUCAAACUGCAUUUAGCACGCCGAAGGCGCCCGCGAGAACACGCGCCGCCGUCUCGUCCUCGAAAGAGUUUGACCCUAACAGUCAGAAGGGACUGGAGGCGCAAUUCAAGUACGGCAAGUUAUGCAGACGGGUUCAGGGGUACAGCUACGGCGAUCCGGAACGUACGGGCGUCGAUAUGCGGAUGCCCGACCUACUUGUCCACUCGCCGUCCUUCAAAACCGACCGGGCCGCGGAAAAAAAUCUCCGGAACCUCGCCACCGCACUGCCGUGGGUUCACGACGACGGUUUCGGGGAACUGCCCCAAGAGUACGAGGAGGAAAGUGACAACAAGCACAUCUCUAUCAAAAUGAAAAAUCCCCCCUCCCCAUAUUGAAAAGCUAUGUUUCCGAAAAUUCGUGUUGCUGAUUUGAGGUCACAAGAAAUCACAUGUGUCCUGCAAGACGACAAGGGCAGAAGCGUCCGCCCCAUUAUGGAGGCGAUUUGUCAUGCUGUCAGGCUUAAAGGAGAGCCGUGUGCCAUGCUGAGCAACUAGACCCAUACGCCCCUACCUAGCCUGGGGAUCUAGCCGCAGCGCCUUCCUGCAAUACAAAGCUGAUUAGUCUACACAGAUCCAGCGUGAGAAGUUUCGUUUUGAUAUGGGGAGGGGGGACGUUUCCUUGCAAUAAUCUCCGUCUCGGGCUUCAUCGGGCUGAACGCGUUUCGGGGGGCGGAGACGGGCAAGCUGGCGAAUAUCAACUGCAAACAUGUAGUUACUCUGGGUCUGGAUGAGUUGUGCAGAUGUCUGUCGUGCUGUUGUUGCAUGACCCAGGAAAAGGUCGACCAUGCAACCCCUAGCAUCACAAAUUUGCCGGGGGUUUCUCAACAAUGCUCCCUAUAUCACCAUGACGAAUCCUCUCUUUAUUCGUUUAGCAAGGCAAUUUUUGCUGCCCACGCAUGAUUCUCAUGUGCAUCACAACUAAUUGCAUCCUAUUUCCAGACCCAGACAUGAACAUGUAAUUUGCACUGGAUAGAGGAAGAGGACGAACAAAUCAUGGUGGAGAAGAAGCUCUACGGCCUUGACGGACAGUAUGAAAGCGUCAGGAUCGAAAUCAACAAAAUCCAAAUGAUUUGUCAUGCAUGAAAUCGAUACCAGUUGGAGCCUCAGUUUCCAAGUGGCGCGUGACAAAUUUCGGGAGCAUCAACGUCCAGCCUGUCGCGCUGUUUGAGCAAAGAAGACUGUUCCUUUCAUGCUACUCUGGCAGCACACCGCCUUCCCCUAAAGAGGCUUGCAAUCGGUCUCAUCUGCUUUGUUCCCAGCACAGGCCGCUAGUGCUCUACAUUUUACGCAUUAAUGCAAACUUUUCGGCUUUGAUGUCGAUUACGAUCCUGACAUUCCCAUACACUGCCACUGAUGAUAGAGGUUCCAAAUCCCGACGAUCCUAGUGGACAGACGAUGGUGCAGGUACAAGCGACGCAGCUGCAGUACCGGUACUGGAACUACCGGGACUACGCAUUCUUCGUUCGGUCAAGGUGCGAGCUUCUCUUCGGCGCCAAGGGAGACGCCUGGACGGCCGAGGGCGACAACUACUCCACUCAGGUCCGGUACACCGAAGACUUCUACUCAGAAACGGCCGUGACGGUGUAUUACGUCUCCGAGUGGAUGGUGCAGAUCAGUGGUUUCUUCGAGCUGAUGGUCUCCAGUGCGCGGUACUUUUGCGACGACGACGGAACUCAGGAGGGCUCGUAUCUCAAGCUUUUCUUCGAAUGGACCUUACCAAACCCGGAGAUUCCGGCCGACGAUCCGAGAAGGGAGAAGCUGGGGCUGUACCAAAAGCUCAGAGUCGCUUGGUGUAAACCGCGAGCAGACGCCGUAAAUGAACGGCAGAUGGAACUUGACCCCGACGUCAACAACCUCAGCAGAGCCACGAAAGCUUGUGCCCAGACAUUGCACCAAACGAAAACGCCAGCUGAUUUCACGGCUAACAAAAGGAGUGAAAUGCUUUGCGAGAAUGCGCGUCAGAAAAUUGCUGACUUGAGCAUCGCGGACGUUGACAACGGGGACACCCGGAUGGCAAAGCUUGCACAAACGUGGCGGGACCUGCACCUGCACGGGUCGCACUGGAAGUUUUGGCAAAAGCUGUUGGUGAUGCCCGUGAGGUUCCUGUACAACUUUGCCGAACAGUACCAGGACACUAUUGGAAAUGACUGGGACAACACACCCUGGCAUGUGUUGGCGUCGGUGCUGAACUGGGCAGAUCUGUUGCACCCCUGCGACCCCAACCGCAUGGACCCGGACCUGAUGGAUCCCAACGACUCUCCGCUCCCCGGCUGCUACCCCCGCCUUCACGGCGUGACGGACCCCGAUCCCAAGCGCCAGGUGGAGUUGGAGAUGGUGGUCACCUGCAAGAAGGGCUCGCUGCUUUCCUACUACCAGGGCCGCAACCUGAACACGGAGCACGUCCAGACCGUGUUGAAGGAGGAGCCCGUCAACCGCCUUGCUGCGUCCGUGCUGUUUCCCCCCACCAUUGCCAAUCUGGACGAAGCUUUCUCCUUCGGCGAGCAACCGUCUGGAGUGAUGACUGACCCAAAUGAAUCCGCGCUCUCGGCGGUGUCUGCGGCGAGCAGCAACUCUGUGGCUGCGGCCGUGAUGGUGACAGACACGGCAAACAUUGAUUUUUUCCCGGAGUUUGGUGAUGAUCCACUGUCGCCGAUUGGAGCGGUUGUGCCUGGAAAAAGUCCCCCGGCCGCGCCCGCAGUUACGCCGAUGUCGCCUGCUUUCGGUGCCAUGGGUAUGUCGCCCAUCUCCCCGCCGGCGCCGGGGGCACCUACACAACCGCAGUUCAUUAUGGGCGAAUAUUCUCCCACCUCACCCGUGAACUCUGCGGCGGCGGCGGGCACUGCUAUUGAUUUACAAGAGACGCAAACAACGGUCACUGACGCGCGCGACGCUCUUCUUGCAGAAGGGCUGCGACCGGCACAGCCUCUGAGCCCAGACGAUGACAGCAGUAAACCUUGGAACCUGAGCCGUAUUCGCUGGCUGCAAAUGAAGCAGGUGGAGUUGUUGACAGCGCAUGUAUUCAAGGAGCACGGUGAGGACUACGAGCCGCGUGAGCUAGACGAGCACAUCAACGAGGCGUUAGCGCAGCUCCCUGACAACCCCAUGACCUACUUUUUUGCGCGGCGGAACUCCCUGUUGAUUUCGAUGGGCACCGAUACCGCGGAAGGCAACCGUCGGCUGAUGGGAUUUAACGUUCCGGGCGUCCCGGACUGCCAUGUAAACGCGCACCACUUCACGAAUAAGCCAGUGAAUGUCCUGCAAUCGGAGGCGCGGGGAUUUUCGCCCCGCGACGGAAUCGCGAGCGUCUCACCUGUUCGCAAAAACCAGGUCCCCAAGUCGGCAAAGGCAGCCUAUGGUCACGAGCGGGUUGGUGGUCUGUCGGAUUCGGAAAAAUUCGUAUCCUUCGUGAAAAAUGUACCAUCUUCAGCUGUCGAGUACUUACAGUGGCUUCGACUGCAGCCAAGAUGAAAUUUGUAGGCUGUGUAUGAAUGUGAUGUGAUCUGCAUCACACCUCGAUGGAAAUUUCCUUCCAUAUAAAAGAGGCCUAGGCCAAAGCGGGGGCGAACUUAGCACAGAUAAAAUUAUACUUAAUGUUGGUGCUGCUGCUGUUUCCAAAUAGGUCUGCAUCAAAUUCCAAAUCUGAAUCAUCUUGGAGGUCGGGAAUUGGCUGGAGCACAAGAAGGAAGCGUGAUGGUAGAAAUUUCAAAAAGCAUACGCCAAGCAUGACUUGAAAGUUCAGGCCCUAAAAGACCAACAAGCACAAUUAGAUCGACAGGCACACGAUGUGAAAAAAGGCUUGUUCGAUGUGUUCGCCGCUGCAGCAGGAAGUCCAUCACAGAUGUCGCCCGCAGACGGACAACAGCGAUUUUCUAUGGUCAAUGGGAUCAUGACUAUCAAACCAGAGCCACAACAUAAGAGGUUCCUUCUAAACAGGAAGCGCAAACAAGGCUUAUUUCAGUAGAUGUUUGCUUGUAUCUGCUGCUGCGCCUAUCCCGCAUAAAAGGGCUGGAACAAGAAAUAGCUCAUGAUGAAAAUGAGCAAUUUUUGGGUCAGUUUUGCUUUGCAGCUGUCCCUGUGUUUGUGUUUGUUUGAUGUGAACAUCUUCAGGGUAAUCGUUUUACAACAUGCAUUGAAGACUACUUGGUAGUUUUCUAUCUAUGUAUGAAAACGAAGAACUUGCUCGAAGAGCAGAGCCAAAGCCAUAGAUGGGGCCCCCCAGAAGUUGUUUUGGUUUGAUAAUCGUGGCCGGGUUUACCCCGUCACCCCAAGGUGGCGCAGGAGGGUCGCCAGCUUUUUUUGGCGCAUCGCCAGUGUCGCUCGCGUCGGGGUCCUCGCCUCUUUCCGGACAGCGCGCCGCCGCCAGGUCCGGGCCUUUAUUUACGCCAUCGCCAGGAGCGCAACGUCCUGACGGCGCUGCUCCGUCAACCCCCCUGCGGCUUGGGUCAGGAGAAUACUUGAUGGGUCAACACGCAUCGGUAGAAACGAAGAAUUUGCUGCCUGGUCCUCGAUCGGCCUCCCCCCAUCAGCCACUUGAUCAACGAUCUUCAGUAAGACGCAGAGGCCGCAGUGCCCCUCGGACUGGCCGCGGCCGCUCGCACUCCCGAGCGAAAGCGGAUCCCUCGAAUGAACGUCGUCGAGCAAAGUCUGAGAAGAUUCGGAGGAGCAGUAGAGGAAAAUCUAGUCAGCCGCGCAAAGCCGUGAUGGCUCCUCACACGGAGCCUCGCAAGAACAAGCGCGAAGGCAAGAUGGGUCAACCCGAAGAACCCAUCCGCACCGCGCAAAUUCAACAGCCCCAACCUCAACGCGUCAUGCCGGCGAGCGGCACUGCGGAUGACGUCGAUAAAGCAGAGGUAGUAAGGAACCUCUUCGGUUGAUACAGAGAUUGAGAUGCUGAAACAUACAAGCGCAAGGGGGGUCGCCGCCUUGUAUCUGCGUGGUCCACUGGAUGUGCAAUGGGUGGAAGAUGAGAAGAUCUUGACAUUGUUCAUGGGGGAGGGGGAUCAGAUUUGAAGCAUUAAAAAACAAAUGAGCUUUAUUUAUCUCUUCAAUGGGGCUUGAUGAACGCCGACAAGAAGGAGUCCAUAGAUACCUAAGUCAUACCAUGUAAAUAUGAUCUUCCAGCACUGCAUCUUCAAGAGAACUGUAUGUAUUGUUGCUCCAGGUGUUCAUGUUCUACGUGUUUUCCAUUAUCUUUGAGACUUGACGGGUACCAUUCGUUUCUAUUUUUUAUUUUUAUCUCAUGAUCUAUCAUAAUGCAGAUGUUUACGAGCUACAAUUGCUGUGGGCAGUUGUCCAAUGCAGCGGUGAGCUUUUGCUUUUUUCUGAGUUCGUCUUUUGCUCUGACUUGUACUAAAAUGACGCUUUUCAUAUUUUUAGUCUACUUGCAUUUCUAUUCAUUCUGCACCAAGAAUUUCCAACAUUUUUUUACAAGGACUGUCUUUGCACAAGAAGGAGAAUCUACCUCAGGUAUUGCGUUGGUUAUCGAAUAAGUCGAACAUCAUGUUCAAGUUGUCGUGAAUCAUUUCUGUAGUGCUAGUGUCGGCGCCCUUGACAAAGUAUCCAUGUUGAGCCGUAAGCAUUCCGCUUCCGGGGCACCUCAGUAUCUGUUGGCAUGAUCUUUACAAACAUGAAACAACAGUAGACGAUGACGUAUGUACUUGGAACGACCACACUAAAAGUCUCUUUUUACAACAUCGGAAUGCAAUAUCAACGUUUCCAUGAUGUUGAAAAACCGUUCUAAUUUUUGUAUUCGCUGUGUGGAUUUCAUUUUUGCUGACCCACAUGAUGGCGAUCUGAGUUGAACUCUCAAAAACAACGUUGAAAAU